UUAUCAGAUCUGUUAUACGCGUACGUUUGUUUGCGGUGAAUUUACAUACCGGUAGCCUAAAUUUUCAUUCCUGCUACCGGUCCGUUCACUAUUCCGUAUAAAUAAAGACGUGACACCGAAUCGACGGCUUGUGUGAAAGUAUAUAUCGCCUCAGCAGGAAGUGCGUGGUGGGUCAGAUCGUCGGUCUAACACUUUCCGCAGUGCUGGCUAGGAAACAGAAGCAGCAGUGUCACAUCCUAAAGUGCCAUUCGGAAAUAAUGUUGUUUCGAUUUGCGCUGCCGCUAAUUUUCUGCAUAAGUGCGAUAACUGCAGCCACCAUUGAUGAUAAGUUGCAGACGAACUCGGCUUUACGCGCGGAAAUAUCAAACUCGAACAACACUGUUGCGAAUGAAGACGAUAAAGGAUUUUGGGAAUGGCUGGCUGGUGUGGUGGCACCGAGGCCACCAACAGUUCCUGACUCACCGCAGACAGAUGAGAAAUGCGUGAAAUGCACUUGUGGUUUAACAAACAAGCACAAUCGCAUUGUGGGUGGUAACGAAACGCUGGUCAAUCAGUAUCCCUGGAUGGCGAUGCUGUUGUACAGAAACCAAUUCUACUGCGGCGGAACGGUGAUAAAUUCGCGAUACGUGUUAACGGCUUCCCACUGCAUCGAUAGAUUCGACGUGAACAAAUUGAGCGUUCGCAUAUUGGAACACGAUUGGAACACCACCAGCGAGGCCGACACGCAGGAGUACAAAGUCGAGAAAACUAUCAAGCACAGCGGUUACUCCACCACCAAUUACAACAAUGACAUUGCGCUUAUCAAGCUGGCGCACCCGAUCAAGUUUCAGGGCUCGAUGCGGCCCGCCUGCCUUCCGGAUCGAGUAAAAACCUUCGCGGGCGAGAAAGGCAUAGUCACCGGAUGGGGUGCCGUGAAGGAGGGCGGAUCGGUGUCGCCCAGUUUACUGGAAGUCGACGUGCCUAUUCUCUCGAACGCCGAAUGCCGCAACACGAAGUAUCCGUCGCGCAGAAUAACGGACAACAUGAUGUGCGCUGGUUAUCAGAAAGGCGGCAAGGAUUCUUGUCAAGGAGACAGCGGUGGUCCAUUGCAUGUGGAGCAGAAUGGCUCUCACCAGGUCGUUGGAGUGGUGUCCUGGGGCGAAGGAUGCGCGCAACCAGGAUACCCUGGAGUUUAUGCCAGGGUGAAUCGAUUUCUCACAUGGAUCACGUACAACACGCAAGACGGUUGUUUUUGUUGACGCAUGUCAUUUAUCUAUAGAUUGACAUAUAUAUAUAUUUAUUUUUAUUUAUCAACAUUUAUCUGAUAUUACGAAAACGCUCGAUGCAAAUUGCAGAAGCAGCCAAUGUAUGGCUAUCUGCCAUACAUUGACUUUAAAUAUCGUAAUAUUCAACUGAAGAUACAUAGUCAACACGUAAUGACCUAAAAUUACGUAUUUUUACGUAAGUUUCAAUUACAUAUUUUUCUUACUAUCAGGUAUCAGUUACGUAUUUUUCUUACUAUCUUUCUGCUUAUCGCAAGCAGAAAAAUUAUCCAAUUAUCUUUCACAUGUAAUGAGGGAGGAGUCAUAUAAAGAACGUUACAUUUUUAUAUAAUAAUAGUUAAUUAGUGUGUCUGCAAUAUUUAUAUAAUACAUCCGCAAUACAUUUGUGCCAUAAGAUUCUAAAGUCCCAUUGCUCAAGAACUUAUUACACAUACGAGACAAUUAUUUAAGAAAUAUUUAUUUUUCAUUUUUGCUAUAUGUAUUUUAUGAUUGUACGUUAAUACUAUCGUUAUUAGUUAUGUCGAUUUUGAUACUUUACGAGUGUACACCGCUAUGCACCAUGUAAAGUGCGAUUCCGCAAACGUUUUAUAUUAUGUACACGAGUUUUGUAUAUACGAUCAUUGAAAAUUAAGGCACGUGCAUCGCUCACCACAUCGAUCGGUGCUCGUAACAUGCGAUGUACAUAGAGGAAGAAAGCCGCGAGGCUUUCUCUGUCCCUUUCAAUUGGGCGACUUGGUAUUUCGUGAAAACUCACGUACAUGCUCGUUUGUAACAUUGUCUGCGUCGAUCAAUUAUCGCGCCACAAAACGUGUACGCUCAUUUUCUUAUUUAAAUACGAUAUGUAAUAAAUACGAUAAACGUGUUUUAGACAA